AUGCAAACGCAAGCCAAGAAGCCGCCGCUCCUCGUGCACGCAUCGCGCAUCCAUCACGACUGGAUGCGCCACGCGUCCGACUGCAUCGUCUGUACCAAGCCCUUCUCGCUCCUUCGACGGCGACACCACUGCCAUAUCUGCGGCGGCAUUGUGUGUCGGAGCUGCAGCGAGCACGAGACGCUCAUCGUCCUACCCGUCAUGCAGGUGCUGCACAGCGUGCGCGUCUGCGUCGUGUGCCUCGACCACUGCGACACGAACGGCGCGCCAGGCAAGUACGUGCCGCGGCACCGAACCCCGCCAACGCCCGAUACAGCAUGGAGCAAUCCGUGGCCCGAGCCACCGACGCCGGCCGACGAGCCCGCGCGUCUUCGGUUCCUAAGCCAGAUUGCGCAGCACUUUGGCGCGUGGCACGAAUUCGACCGAGUCUGCGAGAUGACGUCGUCGCUGCUCCGGGCGCCGGUGAUGGCUGUCAGCCUCAUCGACGCAACGCACCAGCACUUUCUCGCGCGCAUUGGCCUCGUCCAAGCCGACAUUGUCCGCCACGUGAGCCUCUGCGCGCAUCUGCUCUGCACAAACGAGCCGACCGCCGUCCCCAAUCUGACGGAAAGCGCACUCUACAGACACAAUCCCAUGGUCACGGGCUCUGCCCACAUUCGGUUUUACGCGUCCGUGCCACUUCGGUCACCGUCCACGUCGCUUGUCAUCGGGACCGUCUUUGUGAUGGACACUGCGCCGCGGACACUGCUUGACUGCGGCGAGGCGCUGCGACUGCUCGACCAGGUGGCCCACGCUGUCAUGCUGCGGAUCGAGAGCGACGAGGUCACGACCGCCGGGCGUCUCCAAGCCAUCCAAGACAUGACAACGCAGACGCGCAUACAAGUCGACCACAUUGCUACGUUGAGCCAGCGUGGGCUCUAA